AUGGAGAAAAACCACUUGAGGAGGUUAACAUUGGUCUGGGAUAGUGAGCGAUCUAGUGUCGAGCCUGGUGUGGAAGCAAUGGUUCUUGAGAGCCUUCAACCACACGUAGAUCUUCAAUUGCUAUGUAUUAGAGGGCACAGAGGCCUUUCUUGUCCAACAUGGCUGGGUGAUGAGUUCGCUGUUGAAGCUCUACAAUCUCUUUAUCUUUGUGAUGUUUUCUGGGAAGUUUUCCCUUCUUUAGGGAAGGCGUGGGAUCUUCAUGAGCUAAAGUUGAAGCAUAUUGCCACAAUCAAGGAGUUUAUCAUAGAGAAAAGCUUUUGCAUGCUAACAAAGCUUAAACUCAUUGGCCUAGGAAGUUUUGAAAAAUGGGUUUACCCAGCUGAACAAGAGUCUUCCGUUGAUGGAGACUUUUUGCCACCGGAUGCUCAUAUGUUCCCUCUUUUGCAAGUUCUGAUUAUUAGGAAGUGCCCGAAACUAUUGGGGUUGCCUUUCUCAAACCAUACUGUUUCUCCAGAUUGGUUUCCCAAGCUACAAGAGCUUGAGAUAAAAGACUGUCCAGAAUUCUUGUCAGUGAUUCCCAUGUCUUGGAUUGAAAGUUUGCGUCAUGUCAUAAUUCAAUAUGUCAAGCUGCUAUAUGUGUUUGAAUACUCAAAAUCAUCUGAUAGAGCAAAAUUGGAUAUUAUGGGGAAGGGUGAUCUGCAUAGCUUAGAUGAGGUGUUAGUUUUCGAUAAAGAAACAAGUCUUGAGAUCCUGACACUCGGAAGUUGCCCACCUCUGGAGUUGAAGCACCUUCUGACGCUAACCUCGUUGAAGAAAUUGAUCGUAAAACGUUCAGAUGAUCUAGUUGGACCAAUAGGAGGUCAGGGUGAUGUGGAAUGGCAGCUCCCUGUUGAGUAUAUCUGCAUUGACAACUUAAAUGGUAAUAUUGGGGAGGAAUUGACAGAGCUCCUCCCCCACCUCCCAAAGCUCUCCAAAUUGAUUAUACGGGGGUGCAGAAACAUAAAAAAGCUCCUAGUGCAGGUGGAUGUGCAACAAACAACAUCAGAAGCAUCAGGGAUGGUCGGAGGUGAAAUAACAGCAGCGGCAGAGGAAGAGGACGAUGGGGUGCUGCUCUUCCCAGCUCAUCUCUCUGACUCACUAUGGGAAAUGGAGUUUAAUAGCUGCCCAGAGCUGGUCCUGGUGGACCCACCGACUCUAGUUCCUGGUGGAGGAUGGCUCAAAGCCUUGGGAUCCCUCCAGAGGUUAAGCAUCACAUUUUCCCCAGAGUUUCUAUCUUCUAUCUCGUUUUCCCAUCACAUUUUUCCUGCCUCCCUGCAAUUCCUGGAGAUUGCGCAUGUGAAAGGCAUGAGGACAUUGGAGCCCCUCUCAAAUCUAUCCUCGCUCAACACAUUAGAAUUGUGGUAUUGCGGAGAGGAUCUGAAAUGUGAGGGCUUGCAGUCUCUCCUUACCACCAGGGGCAAGCUCAAUGAAUUAACAGUCCGUGGAAGCCCUAGGUUCUUUGUUGGUUGGGAUCCUAGUGCCAGACGGGUGCUGGAGGGCGUUGAAGGAGGAGAAGAGCAACAGACACAACUUGUUUCAUCCACACUACGGGAGCUCUCCACGGAUGAUGCAACGGAACUCCUUGUUGCAUCCAUCUGCAGCUUCCUCUCUUCCUCCCUCACCAAGCUGCAACUUUAUGGAAGUUUGUCUGCAGCGAUAGAGAGCUUCAGCAAGGAGCAAGAGGACGCCCUUCAGCUCCUCUCCUCCCUCCAGCAUCUUGAGCUUCAUAGUUUCCCAAAGCUUCAACAACUUUCUGCAGGGCUGCACAACCUUAGCAGCCUCAAGAGAUUAUCAAUCUGCUACUGUCCAGUCAUCUCGUCAUUGCCAAACAAUGGCCUCCCCAAAUCACUGCAAGAGCUAGAUGUCAAAUCCUGCGAAAACCAGGAGCUACAACAGGAGUGCAGGGGGUUACUGGGUACCAUCCCAAGAAUCGCAAUGGACUGA